AUGUCUUUGUCUCUUUCUUUUGAACCCAUCCACCAAAACUCCACCUUGUAUCACCGCCAUUUAAAUCCGUCAAGCAAGCCUCAAAACACCACCAUCUACUGCCUUCCUCCGGUUUUGGGAGCUUGCCACCAAAAACCAUCAAGAAUCAUCGCUGCCUCCAUCAAUAACCACCACCGAGUUCCGACUGCCACCGCCAGAAGCCAUUGCCCCUACUGCUUUUCAUUCACGGACUCAAUUGUUUUCCGGUCACCACCAGCCGCUUCUUUCUUUCCCUCGUCUUUCCCGGUGAGCCUAAACAAUAACGAAGUAGCAGAGGCUGCUGAAGCAGCCUCUGCCAUCGGAGCUCUUUCCUUCACCAACCAAUGUCGUCGUCACCGCUACUUCUUCCCUCCUUCGUACCCAUCUCCGUUCGCCUCCAUCCUCAUCGAGCUCGUCGGAACAGGAAGUGGAAGCAGCGAAACUGCCAUCACCGCUCAUUGUCGCCGCUAUUGUAGAGCUAUGACACCGCCACAUCCUGUUACGAUCUAG